AAGAUGACUGCCUCCAUUCUGGAAGAACCCGCCGUCUCAGAACUGUCACACGUCGAUGGCUGUGAGUUCCGAGACACCACACAUGCUGAGGCAAUCCUCAAGAUUCUAAAUCAUCAAAGAAACGCUGGCAUCUUCACAGACGUCGUGUUAUGUGUCGGCGAUGUCCAGUUUCCUUGUCACAAAGCUGUCUUGUCCAGCAAUCCAUACUUUGAGGCGAUGUUCUCCAUGGACCUGAAGGAACAGCUAGAAGGAAGAGUACGCCUUGAAGGAGUUGAGAAGGAGACAGUGAGGAUUCUUCUUGAUUUCUUCUACACUGGUGUGAUUCUGAUCCACCAUGAAAAUGUACAAGCGCUACUAGAGGCGUCCUGCAUGUUUCAGCACAGCAAAAUCACCACUAUCUGUUGCGAGUUUCUGAAGAGAAACCUGGAUUCUAGUAACUGUCUGGGCAUUUGGAACCUCGCUGAAGCUCUAGGUUGUACUGAUCUGUGUGAGGCUGCAAAGACAUGUGCGCUGCAGAAGUUUGAAGAAGUUGCACAAGGAGAAGAGAUAGUGGAAAUCCCUGUCUAUCAGCUGAAGGAAUAUAUUUCCCAUGAUGACCUGAACACUAGAAAUGAAGAGCUAGUGUUUGAAACUCUUUUGCAAUGGAUGAAAUAUCAUGAGCAAGAAACUAAAUGCCGGAUGAAGGAUCUGCUAGCUUUGGUUCGCCUUCCAUUUCUGCAGUACAGCUAUCUAUUGAACACUGUCAAGGCAAAUUCUUACGUAAGGCCGUCAGUAGAAUGUAUAAAGAUGGUGGAGAAAGCAGAACGUUACUGGAGUCCGUUAUGUGGGACUGUAAGAGACCCAAUAAAACCGAGACGCUCAAGCAAACAGGUUAUCGUCGUCGUUGGUGGAAGAAGGAGAGAAACCACCGGUUGGAAGCCUGUGUCUGAGUUGAGAUGUUACGAUCCCUCGUUAAAAACUGAGACUGUGAGGACCAGGGAGUCGUUCCUGUGGGGUAACAGGACAGAAGUUGAGACAAAUUCUUCAGUUGUGUCACACUGUACCAUAGCCACGAUCCCCUCCUCAAUACAAAUGAUGAGUGUGGCGAUUCACGAGCAUCACAUCUACGUCACCGGAGGGAAAAUCAAACGAAAAUCUCUCAGCCAAGUUUUCAGAUACAACCUUUUCACUUCAAACUGGGAAACUCUGGCUUCCAUGCAGCAGGCGAGGCGAGCACACGGGUCGGGGGUAGUGGAUGGAAAACUUUAUGUACUUGGCGGCAGAGCAGGUCCGUUAAUUGUUGACAAAGUUGAAUGUUAUCAACCCAAGAAGAACGAGUGGCGAUGGUGCGCCCCCCUCCCCCAUGCAGUCCGAGUGCCCAGUGUUGCCACACUACAUGGGAAACUGUAUGCAAUCUGUGGCAGCCAGGGUGCACAUCGACCCUGCCCUUACAUCCAAGUCUACAACCCCUCUACCGACUCCUGGAGUCUCUUGAAUUCCCCAGGACUGGACCACAUCGCAGCACCUGCAGUAGUUCUUGGCGAAAACAUCUAUAUUCUAGGGGGAGAACUCAGCAAACGGGUAACCGUCUUCAAGCCGAAGGAUGGCUCCAUCGCAACUGCCCCUGACAUGAAUUUCAAACGCGCCGACCACGCGGCAGUACCGAUAGACAAUAAGAUCUAUGUACUGGGAGGUAUGAAGGAUCCCAGUUUGAUGGGAGCAAUGGCACACGACAGUAUCUACUGUUAUAACCCGUUAGGUGAUGGGAGGGAAUGUUGGACCGAGGUGGGGAAAAUGCCAGAAGCCAUUGCCAUGCAUGGAGCUGUGGCUGUGUAUAAAGAUUAUCUACGAGGUGGAAAUGUUCAUGGAGGGUCAACGACCUAAGGCCCGGUCAUACUAAGCCUUGAAAGUCGGAAUCGUUGAGAUCAAGUCCAACUCUAAGUCGGUUCAAGCUGCAUUUCUUGCUUUGCAAGAGUUUGUCAAACAUGACCUAUGAGAAAUAAGGUGAAUAUUAUUGACUGAAACAGCAGAGAGGCGUGAACUUCGUAGAGACAGUAGAAUUUCUAGUUAAGAUGCUUCAUAACUUUGCAAA